AUGGGUACGCAGUGGUGGCGGGACUGGCUGACGUGGGGUCUGGGAGGUGGAGGAGAGGUGGGCAGGCCAGGCGCAGCGAACGCUAGCUUACGCGCAACGGAUUGUUUCGUUCUUGUCAGGGGAGGACAGCUGGGCGACCGUUGGCUGAGUAGUGCGUGGUUGCGUUUCACACGGGAUGUGGGCAUUGCGAGCAUCUGCAGAGGCGUCAACGACGCUGACAGUGGGUUUCUGACGAAUUGGGAAUGGUUUCGAGGGCUGGCAGGUGGUGUCUACGUGCGAGUGGCGUAUCUCGACCGUUUUAGCGGCUGCGACACUGUGGGGAUGGGGGAGGGGCGGCUUGACGCGCGGCAACAGGCGGGGGAAUAUUGGAUGGGUACGCAGUGGUGGCGGGACUGGCUGACGCGGGGUCUGGGAAGUGGAGGAGAGAUUCCGUCGAGUGUUGUGGGGCUUUGGGGUGUGUGGAAGGUCGCACCAGCCCUCUUCACAUGCGUGAAAGUUUGCGUCUGUGAGGCGGUGGCUCUGCAGAGAGGUACUGUUCUGCAUGAGUUUUGCCGACCGUGGACAGGCUUUAGCGACGCUGGCAGUCGAUUUCUGACGAACUGGGAAUCUUUUGUAGGCAUCAUUAAUGCAACAGUAGAUUUGAACGUGGGGAAACAUGAAGGUGUCUGCUCCAGCAUUCAGAAGAAAAGGAUGCCAGAGCGAUUGAUUGGGCGCGAAUGA